UGUGUUUGUGUGCGCGCCUCUCUGACUCUCCACAGCCCCGUUGAGCUGUUGUUCCCAGAGAGGAGGAGGACAAUCAGACGGACUGUUGGAUUAGAGCAACAAAAGAGAAAGUGCUGUUAAAAAAAGUCUUCUUUGGCUUUCAUCGCUCUUCUUUUUUUCUCUCUUUUUUUUUUUUAAAUAGUCGCGCUUUCGGGUGUUUUUUUUGGUACGGUUUCCGCGGUGGCGCACAGACCCGGUAUGGAUUUACCAAAGACUAGACGAGACACGCCGUCUAGUCCUCCACCAAAGUUUUGAUUGUCAUCGCUGCCUCUCGACCCCAGAGCAGAGGAAAGCGCCGAACUUUGAAGCAGCAUUUCUGGAAAGUGGUGACCACAUGUGAGGACAUUUGGAGACAUUUUUAUCGGAGCGUCUUUUCGCUGCUCUCUACUAUAUCUCUCAUGGGGUGACCCACAUAGAGCUCCUUAGACGUGACUGUGGGACAGGCAGACUCCCUCCCAGCCUGGAGCCUCUUCCUGUCCUUUCCUUAAAGGCAAUGAUUAUUGGCUUAGACCUUCUGCACAACUCCACUGUGUGAAUGAAUCUUUGCCGUAAAGCCGCUGUGCUCUGCCACCCUGUCACCAUGAAGAGCAAGUAUUCCCAAUACUACGAUCAGAGUCUGAUCCCCUCCUACUAUGCCUUUGUUAAGAACAUGACCACCCAGGAGCUUUUAUACUCACGUAGUGAGAAUAAAAAGCAGCUCACCACACUCAACAUUGUCAUCGUGGUCCUUUGCACCACCAUCAUCCUGGAGAAUCUUCUUGUUCUCAUUGCCGUCUGCCGCAACAAGAAGUUCCACACUGCCAUGUUUUUCUUCAUCGGCAACCUGGCAUUCUCUGACCUGCUGGCAGGCUCGGCCUACAUAGCCAACAUUUUCCUAUCAGGACCAAGGACCUUUGACCUGAUGCCUGUGCAGUGGUUCAUCCGGGAGGGAACAGCAUUUAUUGCUCUGGCAGCUUCAGUCUUCAGCUUGCUGGCAAUAGCUACAGAGCGCUAUAUUGCUAUCACCAAGGUUAAGGUGUACGGCUCCACCAAAACGUGCCGCAUGUUCCUCCUGAUAGGAGCUUGUUGGGUCACCUCCAUCCUGCUUGGAGGACUUCCCAUCAUCGGCUGGAACUGCAUCAAUGACCUCCUUGAAUGCUCAACUGUAUUGCCACUCUACUCGAAGAAAUACAUCCUCUUUGUGGUCACCAUUUUCAGCCUCAUACUACUCUCCAUUGUCAUCCUCUAUGUGAGGAUCUAUUUGAUUGUUCGCUCCAGCCACCAGGAAGCGACAAACUCACCAGCCUAUGCCCUUUUGAAAACUGUCACUAUAGUGCUGGGUGUCUUCAUCAUGUGCUGGCUGCCUGCUUUUACCAUCCUCCUCCUAGAUUCAUCCUGCAGGAUACAAUUUUGCCCAAUCCUCUCCAAAGCAGACAUCUUUUUUGGCUUUGCCACUCUGAACUCGGCACUUAACCCAUUGAUCUACACACUGCGCAGCAAGGACAUGAGAAAGGAGUUUCUGCGUGUGUUGUGCUGCUGGGGGGUGCUGCAAAGCGGGCGGCCAGCUGACCGUUGUCUGGUCCCUCUAAAGAGCUCCAGCUCUCUGGAACACUGCAGCCACAAACACGAACACCAGACCACACCAAUCAUGCAAGAUUGUACCACCUGUGUCUGAUAUGGUGCAAAGACAUCAAAGUACUUGAGUAUGUUGAGUAUGUAUGUAUGUAUGUGUGUGUGUGUGUGUGUGUGUGUGUGUGUGUGUGUGUGUGUGUGCGCGUGCGUACAUGUGCAUGCGUGCGUACGUGCGUGCAUGAGGGAAACCAUGUGUGUGUACAUGAGCUCAAGAAGAGAGGCUGUGAUGUGCUGGAUAGAAAAAUGAGAAGCGAGCACACCGUGGACUGAGAUGCCUGGCAAGGCUACAAUGCAGACUUUUUCUUCAAUCACAAGUGUGUGAAAUCACAAUCAGCAUUCAAUUGACUGCAGCAGGUGUAGAAACCCAAUGUUCAAAGAGGGAACCAAUUAAGUAAGGGAGAACUUUCAGAAAUGUGAAAAUAGCUUUUUCAUAGGUACUCUCAUUAAUUAAUAUUGAUUGCAAUCCAUUUUCAUGUUUAUGCCUGUCAUGUUGUUAUUGUUUUUCCUAAACCCAGAUUGAAAGCCAAAAAUAGAAACAUAACAUGCUUUACAUCAUAGUUAUGGUGAGUUGUUUUGGUCCUUUCAAGAACUGAAUCAAUGCAAACUGCAAAGCUUUCCAAGUUGCACUUUGUAGAUUACUUCACAGACUGUUGUCCUUAGUAAGGUUUAACCACAUUACUCUCCUUUACUGAUAUAUGUAUACAUGGGGCCCACAGAUCCAUCACUCAUUCUUCAUUAUUCUACAAAGCUGGAGACAGUGAUCAACUUCACUCAGCACUGCACUCCACAGAAGCCAAAUUAGCACGAGUGCUCCCUUAACAAACCAGGGCUAUAUAUUCCCUAUAUAACCUUGCUUAAACCAUUUGAUUAACCACAACAAACUUACAUAAUCUGCCUACAUUUAAUGCAUGAAAUUCUAACUUAUUUGUAAGUGCUUAUGUAUGUAUGAUAUAUUCCAGCUCCAGCUUCCAUCACUAACACCCCUUCCCUCAUUUGUCCUCAUAAUCUGUCCCUACUGCGUUUACUGUUGUCUUUUGUAUCUGAACAGUUUCUGUCGAGGAAGGCCUAAUCAGAAAGCACAUUUUCUGAAGUGAGUUGGCACUGAUGAGUUUUACUCAAUGACAGCUGUCCAGCUGUUUUGACAAACAGGGCAGAUAUCUUGACAGUGUUGAAGCAAUGUAGCAGAAAUGUGCUGUAUCUGUUUGUGUCUUCCUCUUUGAGAAUUAGGCUGAAUGUAUGUAUGAAGUGUUUGGGGCAGGCGCUCCAUUGUUGACAGUAUUAUUGAUCAUCAUUUUCAAUUACCAAGUCAUUGACGAGCAGAGAGUGGGAUGAACAGGGUAGGUGACUCUCACUGUGAAGUCUUAAAUAGCACCAUGAACAAAUUUUGUUUGUGAACAUCCUGGUUUAAUUUGCUAGCCAUAUGCCUUGUGCAGCUAAAUAUGUAAACAAGUCUCAUCUUUCCAAAGACCCGCCUCCCUUACAAAAUAGGAGAAGAUCCGGGUUCAAAUGCACACAAGGGGAUCUGCCCUCCUGGGAGGUCACCUUCAUCCUCAUUCUCUGACAGCUACAACAUGUAACUUCCUUCUGCCACAGGAAGUCCUGUUUUUCUUUUUUCAGUUCCUGUUGUUCAGGGUUACACUAACCUUCCUGUAGACACACAUUUAAAACUCUUCUCUCCCUCAGUGUAUUUUAUAUUGACUACCAAGUAGAAAUGGUGAAAAGCACUUUGGCAGCUUCAGUGAUGUUUGCUUUCCCCCAGUUUUUUUUCAGAUGGAGAGGUGUUUUUCCAGGUGCUUCUGUGUACCUGUCACUUCAUUGUGUUGCUUGACUAUGAUGUUUUAUAAUAAAUACAUGAAUAACUAUGUAUGUUUGUAUGUAAGUAUCUAUGUAUUUUUGUACAGUUUGUAUGAUUCGUGUUGUAUGAAAUGUCUCGUGUGCAAUAGCCUUUUGUGUCCAGUAGCACGCUGCCUGUGUUAAAUCGGUACAAUCUGAAACACUAAUGUAGGUACAUAAACUUUUUGUUAAUUGCAUUCCCUUUUUUUAUGAAAUAAAUAAAAUACUGAAAGAA